UCUGUCUCUGUAUACAUUUCCGGUUAAUUAGCAGACGAAAACUGCGCGAAAUACAAUUUCGACGAGAAGAUCGCGUCAACUUACCCACAGUUUCAAUAAAUUUGUAUUGACCAAGAUUGUAAUGCAUGGGUGAUGCCGAAACAUCAUUGUUCCUGCAGGGGCAGACAGCCUGGUUCUCUUCUAGUGUUUCGAAGAGGAAGGUCAAACUUUGGAUGAAACAUGGAGGGUUGAUAGAAGAAAUUGAUCAUGCUCAGUUCAUUUUUAGUGAAGAUGAGGAGGCAGCUGAUACAAAACAGAUAUUCAGCAGUGAGGCCUACCUUGAUGAGCAUCUGGCUGUAUUCCAUGCCAUGUACGUGACUGAUUGUGUGAAGCAGAAGAAUGGUUCUAAAAUACCACUUGGUGAUUACUUCCUACCACCCAAAGAUGUACAACAGUUGAUCAGAAAACAGAAAAGAUUUAAAUGGGAGGGUGUACAGGAGAGUGACGAGGAUGACUCAUCAUCAUCAUCAUCUGAAGAGGGUAAUGCAAGCCAGGAAGCUGGAGGAGGCAAUCAAAAAGAAAACAAAAUACAGUUUGAAGGUGAAGAUUACAUAGACAUUCAAGUUUUAGCCAAAAUGUCAGGAGAGAUUGUGGAUUUUUUUCCUGGAAGAGAUGGUUGUGAAGUCAGUAGCAAGAACAAGUCAAAAUCGUGACAUAAAUGAAGAUCAAUGUGAAAUCUUAGAAUCACUGGACCUGCAGUUAUUUUCUGCUUUGGAAAGAAACACCAGUAUCCUUGGACAAUAAAAAUAGAGUAGAAGUGUUAAUUUCAACAGUGGUACAUGUACAUUUCCCCCCCGAAGUGUGACUGUGACAUAUAGCUGGGUUGUGCUCUGUGCAGAUAUGUUUGUUUUGCCACACAAAAUAGUACUAAAAUCAAGGCUGUGUAAAUAAAUAAUUUGAGUUCCAAAUCUGCUUAUUCAGUUAUUAGAUCUGAUAUGUCACAGAGGACUAUGAACAUAAAACCACAGAGUUAGAUUGCUCUCUAUGUCCACGAUAAAACAUGCACAUGUACCUGGUGCCUGUGGUCAUUAUUUAUGAAUAAAUUGUUAUCUAAUUUAUUUUACCAGCAUAGUGAAAUGUAAAAAGGAUAGUAGUUCUCCUUUCAUAUUGUUUUGGAGAUGAAAAAUAAUUUCAUUGGUUAAAUUUGGGUACUCAUUUUAAAAUGGUUAGAAUGAAUUUUUCACUCUACAUCAUGUUCAAAUUCUUAUAAUUAUUUUUGCUUAAUUAGG